UCCCCGGCUCAAAGCUCCCGCAGCGACCGACCGAUUCGAACCACGCGGCCGCAGCUCGCCGGGGGCCAUGACGGCUGCCCCGCGGCUGAGAUGACGACGCCGAAGUGCAGUCCAUGUCGUCCUGGGACUGCUGGGCGCGCGGCUGGAGCCGGGUGCGCAGCGCGCUCAGCCACGCCGCGCUGCUGCUCGCGCUCGCCGCCUACACCGCGGCCGGCGGGCUGCUCGUGCGUAAUGAUUGUGCUUGCCAGGUGUUUCGCGCCCUGGAGGGCCCCGCCGAGGCCGAGCGGCUGCACACGCUUCAGGCGGCCGUGCUGGAGGGGCGGAAGGGGCUGCUGGCCGCCCUGAUGCAGGCCGACGGCGCCAACGACACGCACGCCUCGUUUGCGCGCCGCCUGCACGAGUACGAGGUCGUGGUUCACGAGGCGUCCCGCGGCGGCGUCGAGGUCCCCGCCCUCACGGGCUCGCCGUCCGUGGACACCCCGCCGCGGUGGACGCUGCUGCAGGGCGUCUUCUUCGCCUCGACCGUGCUCACCACCAUCGGGUACGGGAACAUCGCCCCGGUCACGCUGUCAGGCCGGGUGUUCUGCCUGAGCUUCGCCCUCAUCGGCAUCCCCCUCACCCUGAGCGUCAUCGCCGACCUGGGCGUGCUCCUGGCGUCAGCCGUGUCCGCCAUCCCGUGCUGGGGGUGGUGCAGGUCGUGGUGGUCGCUGGACGACGGGGGCAAGGCGGCCAUGUGGCGCAACGGGCUCAUAGCCCUUGGCGCCGUGCUGCUUCUGUUCGUGUACCUGGCCGCGGGCGCCGCCAUGUUCACCCUGUGGGAGGACGGCUGGGACUUCUUCGACGGCUUCUACUUCUGCUUCAUCACCAUGACGACCAUCGGCUUCGGCGACCUGGUGCCGCGCCACCCUUCCUACACGCUGCUGUGCACGCUGUACAUCCUCAUGGGGCUGGCGCUCACCUCCACCAUCAUCGAGCUGGUGCGGCGCCAGUACGCGUCCUCGUGGCGGCGCCUGCAGCUGGCGCUGUCCGAGUCGGGCCCCGUCCUCGGCGACGCGCUCCGCCGCCUCGGCACCGUCUCGGACGUCCACCUCAAGGGCAUCCUGGCGGCCGUCAGCCUCGCGCGCCUCGUGCCCCAAGGUUGCGCCAGGGACGGCGCCGCUCCCCUCGCCGCGGCAGGCCAGGACGACGCCGAGGCCAAACGCAAGUGGGAGGAGGCCGUCACCAAGGUCCUGUACGAGAUGCAGGAGAAGGCCAGGAAGGAGGCCGAGGCCGAGCGGGAGCGGGAGGAGGUGGAGCGGGAGCGGGGUCUGCUGGGGCAGCGCAGGAGGGACCAGGACCAGGAGAAGGACAAGAGACGGCGCCGGGCCCACAACGACGGCAGGGUCAUCGAGAUCGUCAUCUACGAGACGACCGUGUAAGCAGGCUCGGGGGCGAGCGCCUCUCUUCCCUUAAAGGGCGACAUAGGUCGAUUGGUAAUAUAUUGACUUCAAUUCUUCAAUUUUAUUAAGUAGACGAAUUAAAUUAGAGUACAAAUCACUUCCAAGUCAAAGGAUACCUACAAAACAUGUUCAUGAUGAGGAACCUUUGAAAAUUCCUUUGUGUGUGAUUCCUCCAUUAAGUACUAUGAUUGCUAAUGUAUCAAACCCAUGAGUCCUUGCAAUGGAAGUCAGCCUGUCAUCAGCCCCCCAUCCCCUUUUUCGGAAACAUGUCUUCUGAUUAAAAUAAAAACAAUACAUUGAAAUCUUAAUUUGUAUCAAAUGGUCACAGAUUGAUAGGUUAUAGGUUGGGAGGAAGGAGCUGUUUCAAGCAUGCAGUCCCAGCCAAAAUUAAACAAAAUAAAACUGCAACUAUCAAGACCAAUUUUGGGGAGCAUUUUCAUUGAUAAUGGUGGAAUCACUCAUAUAUAAAAACACAACAGGUGAUCUCUCUCACUUAUUUGUAAGAGUAUUAGAGUAAAUACUUUGUACUUAAAGUUUUGCCUAACGAAUUUUCUGAGUAAAUUGCUUCUUUGGGCAAAAACAAAGAACAGAAAUGUCCGCAUUUAUGGAAUAACAAAAACCUAAUAAUCCUCAUCGGGCUCAAACAGCACAGAAUUCGAGACAGAAUUAGACAAAUCAUUGUUAAACUUAACCCUAAACGCUUUCAAACCAAACCAGGUUUCCAUUAAUCACAGUCAAAGGAAGACUAUA